GGGAUGGGGAAGGGGGAUUGGGAGUGGUAAUGGUAGUGUACGUGAUCCCGGAAGUACCACCAAGCACGCAGAGCAGGAGCAGCGCGUGAGUGUGACGGAGAACUGACAGUCAGCGGAGAAAGGUGACUGACUAACGACAGUAGAAAUCUAGCUAACUAAAGCUUCAUCAUAUCAUGGCAGCAACUAUCAAUCAAGCAAGGUCGGCACUUUCAAAAAUGUUUAACAGUGAGCGGUACAGCCACUUCACUCUGCAGUCGGACGGAGAGGAAGACGGAGGGAGCCACGUGGAGGUGAGACUGUCUGAUGAUGUUGUAGAUGACCACGCCCCCUCUGAGCAGGUGGGCCAACCAGGAGGCUCGCCCUCAUACAUGCCCCGCCCACAGCAAAACUACCGCAAAGUGUGUUAUCUGGCUCUCGGAACCCUCUUCAUCUUCAUCAUCGGUUAUCUGAUUGGCUAUGUGAGCCACCACUCCCACCGCAAGGAGCCAAUCACUUGUGAUUCUGAGCAGGAAGUGGGCGUAGCUGAGGAGGCUGUAGUAGAAUCCUCUCUAUCCUGGAAUGACAUCACCAGCUUGCUGGCACAAAGACUGACUCCUGACGCCUUCAACAGCAGACUGAGUGAUGUUGAACAGCCAGAUCACGCGGCAGGGAGCAGUGCAGACGGCAUUCUGGAAUAUCGUGUGUUUGACAGCUUUAAGAGUCUGGAGAUGGAGGCCUGGACUGACGUACACCAUGUCCAACUACAGACAGCCAACAGUCAGAAGCCAAACCGUGUUCUGAUUGGCCAAGAGGAGGUGGGCCAGCCUAAGGGCUAUCUGGCCUAUAGUGCCACAGGAAAAGCUCAGGGCAAGGCGGUGUAUGGUAACUAUGGGAGUCGAGAGGACUUGAUGCUGCUACAGACUCUGAAGGUUGAGCUGAAUGGCACUGUGAUUCUACUAAGAGCUACAGGACAGAUCAGCCUGGCACAGCAGGUGGCUAAUGUAGCAGCAUUGGGAGUAUCUGCUGUGUUGAUUUACCUCGACCCUAAAGACUACAAGUUCCAACCAACUACUGAACUGUAUGGACAUGUCCAUCUAGGUUCAGGAGACCCCUUCACGCCAGGCUUCCCAUCCUUCAACCACACCCAGUUCCCUCCCACCCAGUCCUCUGGUCUGCCUACUGUACUGGCCCAAAGCAUUACUGCUGCUAGUGCUGCCAAGAUACUAACGCGUAUAGGUGGGCUUGAGUCCCCUCUCAGUUUUAAAGGCUCACUGGACAAUGUGAAGUACACCCUGGGAGGGGCCAGUAGUGAAGAUGUCACUGUGGAGGUGAACAACGUGCUGCAGGACACAGAGAUCCACAACAUCUUUGGAGUCAUCAAGGGCUUCACUGAGCCAGAUCGGUACGUGGUACUGGGGGCUCAGAGGGAUGCGUGGGGUCCAGGCUACGCUAAAGCCACUGUCGGGACCACACUGCUGCUGGAGCUGGCUAGAGCUGUGUCUGAGAUGGUGCACACAGAUGGUUUCCGUCCCAGGAGGAGUCUGGUGUUUGCCAGUUGGAGUGCAGGAGAAUACGGCUGUGUUGGAUCUACAGAGUGGCUGGAGGGUUUCUUCUCCUCUCUGGACAGAAGAGCUUUCACCUACAUCAGUCUGGACGGAGUGGUCACUGGCCAUGGUGAAUUCAAAGCGUCUGCCAGUCCCCUGCUCUACAGCCUUCUGGAAAGCACCAUGAAGGAGGUGAAGAAUCCCAUUGGUUUUGGAGAGUCUGGGAAGUCUCUGUAUGAUAAGGUGUCUGGAGUCAACUUUGAGAGGGCAGUGUUUGAGCCCAUGAAGAUGGAAGACUCUGCAUAUCCCUUCUUGGCCUCCUCUGGAAUCCCCUCUCUCUCCUUCCGCUUCGUCUCUCAGGGGUCUGAGGCCUACCCGUACUACGGCACCUCUCUUGACAACAAGGAUCACCUUGGUUACGCCACCGCCCAUCGCCUUAGUUCCCUAGCCACUGGGGCGGGAUUGGUCGCAGGUCAGCUGGCGUUACGAUUGGUCCACGACCACAUACUGCGUCUAGAUGUGCAACGCUACAGGACGGUUCUCAGCCAAUCUGUGUUCAAGAUCAACCAGCGCCUCAAACAAGUCACCCGGGAUGGUUCUGCCGAGGAUCUGUCAGCCCGUUGGCUCAUUAUGGCCUUAGGAUCCUACAGUAGAGCUGCUACUGACCUCAACACUGAGCUACUCAACACCGACCUCACUGACACACUGGCCUGCCACAACAUCAACGACCGCAUCAUGAGGGUGGAACACAACCUCCUGUCUCCGUAUGUCUCCCCCAAAGAGGUUCCAUUCCGCCACCUGCUGUUUGGCCGUGGUUCCCACACCCUGGCAGCCCUGUUGGAGGGGGAGGACAGGGAGGCGCUGCGGACCCAGCUGGCCCUGGCCACCUGGACGCUACAGGGCUGUGCCAACGCUCUCUCUGGAGACGUCUGGGACAGCGACAACCAGAUCUAACUGUGUGUGUGUGAGUGCGUAGGGCUGUUCAGAGGGUUCAACCUCGUCCUCGUUCACUGUAAAAUCCAGGAUGAGAUGAAGGCGUAUUGGUCGGAAGUGAUGAUGUAAUAAGAGACCAGGAAGUACUGUCAUUCUUUCCAGUUUCAGUUACUGGACUUCCUGAAGAAUGUUGAGAUUGAUGACAUCACUGUCUGAUCCCUCAUCUCACUCCAACCCCCAAACCGAAGCCUUGGCUGUUACUAUAGAGAUGACCUCUAACCCCUCGACACAGAGGAGCCUAUUUAUACUUUAUAUAUCUAUCAGUCCGAUGGUCAGACUUCCGCUGUAUACAUGACUACUGCUCCCACACAUUACUAUGGAAACAGAAACCCCAGCAACUGGGUAUCACCACAGAAACAUGGUAACCGACGGCAGCAGUUGUCAUGACUUCGUCACAUUUUGAUUUGAUGAAAUGCAUGCACUUAAAUUCAGAGUCCAUGGUGAAUUUACAAAUUCUUAGCAUGUUUUAGACAUGUCGGGGAGGUAGCUACUUGGGUCAUGUCUGUAAUUACAAACUAUUUUAUAUAUAGCCUUAACUUCUUCUUCUGACUAUAUAGGUAAUAUGGUGUCAUUUCUGAUGCAGCAUGGGCUCAACAAUAAAAACAUGCUAAGAUCUCGCCACUCUGAGCUGAAUUUAUACAAAUAAUGUUCAGGCAGCGAAAGAGUCAUUUCUGUUAACCAGUGUUAUUUUGGAGCAGUUUAUAUUUCUGAUCUGAACCAGUAUCGGGAGCAGUGUCUUCCAUAAUGAUAAGUGUUGGUGGUAGUUUUUGCCUACCAGUGUGAACGGUGAAGCCAUUUAUCGGGAACAGUGUUUCCCAGAGUUUUAUAUCUGUGUGUAUCGGGGGCAGUGUUUCCCAGAGUUUUAUAUCUGUGUGUAUCGGGGGCAGUGUUUCCCAGAGUUUUAUAUCUGUGUGUAUCGGGGGCAGUGUUUCCCAGAGUUUUAUAUCUGUGUGUAUCGGGGGCAGUGUUUCCCAGAGUUUUAUAUCUGUGUGUAUUGGGGGCAGUGUUUCCCAGAGUUUUAUAUCUGUGUGUAUCGGGGGCAGUGUUUCCCAGAGUUUUAUAUCUGUGUGUAUCGGGGCAGUGUUUCCCAGAGUUUUAUAUCUGUGUGUAUCGGGGGCAGUGUUUCCCAGAGUUUUAUAUCUGUGUGUAUCGGGGGCAGUGUAUCCCAGAGUUUUAUAUCUGUGUGUAUCGGGGCAGUGUUUCCCAGAGUUUUAUAUCUGUGUGUAUCGGGGGCAGUGUUUCCCAGAGUUUUAUAUCUGUGUGUAUCGGGGGCAGUGUUUCCCAGAGUUUUAUAUCUGUGUGUAUCGGGGCAGUGUUUCCCAGAGUUUUAUAUCUGUGUGUAUCGGGGGCAGUGUUUCCCAGAGUUUUAUAUCUGUGUGUAUCGGGGCAGUGUUUCCCAGAGUUUUAUAUCUGUGUGUAUCGGGGGCAGUGUUUCCCAGAGUUUUAUAUCUGUGUGUAUCGGGGCAGUGUAUCCCAGAGUUUUAUAUCUGUGUGUAUCGGGGGCAGUGUUUCCCAGAGUUUUAUAUCUGUGUGUAUCGGGGGCAGUGUUUCCCAGAGUUUUAUAUCUGUGUGUAUCGGGGGCAGUGUUUCCCAGAGUUUUAUAUCUGUGUGUAUCGGGGGCAGUGUUUCCCAGAGUUUUAUAUCUGUGUGUAUCGGGGGCAGUGUUUCCCAGAGUUUUAUAUCAGUGUGUAUCGUGGGCAGUGUUUCCCAGAGUUUUAUAUCUGUGUGUAUCGGGGGCAGUGUUUCCCAGAGUUUUAUAUCUGUGUGUAUUGGGGGCAGUGAAUCAUAUUCCACUGAAGGGUGAAGUCAUUUAUCGGGAACAGUGUUUCUGGAGUUAUUUGUUUCCUCUCUUUGUGUUGGAUUAGUAUAUCUGAUCUGUGUGUGACCUACUGCUCUUCUAUUGUUCCUCUCUGAAUUAGUUGUAAUGGAUACGUCCUUUGGCAUGUUACUGUGUUUUUCCUUACAAAUGCAAUCCCUACAACAAGUGUUCCCAUUCAGGUCAGUAGGAGUAUUUUCCCAUGCAUAUAUUAUCAGACACUGAAACUCCUGUUGUAGCCGUCCGCUAAAUAGAGAUUGUUCUCUUUUGAUUAUUGAUCACACUCAGUCAAUCAGCUAACUAGUGGAACUGUUCUAACAUUUCUGUUACAGACUUGUCAGUGCUAGUCUGAACUCAUACAUGUUCACCUGACUGUUCUACCAUCACGUAGAGGACCUUGUAUGGGUGUUUAGCCGUUUAUGUACAGUAAAUGAGUUCUGUUUUUCUGCUGUGCUUCAAUAAACCCUUUGGCUAAAUGCA